AUGAAGGCCAUUCAGAAAUGCGUUCUGGCUAUCGCGGCCACUGCAGUCGCAGUGGCCGAUGCCUCCCCAGCCUUUGUGAAGAGAGCUUCGGACACCACCACCGUCCAUCUCAACCAAUGCUCCGGCACCCCUCAGCACUUCGCCCAGGGCGUCCUGUAUGGUGUCAAUGGCACAAACCCUCCUCAAUCAUACAUCGUCGAUCUUGGUAUCAACUACCUCUCCGAGGGCGGUGCGCAGAUCGAUGCUCAGCCAUCCGGCUACGCUGCGAGUAUGGCGUCGUACCAGCGUAGGUUCGAACAACUGCUAGGAGCCUACAAACGAAUGCGAGAGGUGGGCGGUGUAACCAUCGCCAAAAUGGCAGAUCUGUAUGGCGCCGACGAGACGACGUCUGGCUCCUUCGUAUGGCCAGGCGACAACGGCGACUGGACGAAAUGGGAUGCCUUUGUCCAGCAGUUCAUCUCUGACGUCCAAGCGAAUGGUAUGACGGCGCCGUACGUUUUGCAAUUGGAGCCGUGGAACGAACCUGACGUCAACUUUGGCGGUAGAGAUCAGUCACAGUUCAACGAGCUUUGGCGCAGAACCACAGUCGCCCUUCGAAGCGUUUUCGGCCCCUCGACCAACAACUACCUUCCGAUCGUGGGUCCGAGUACGGGAGGCAAUCCCGGGUACAAUAAUGGUUGGUGGAACAGCUGGUUGUCCUCCAUCCAGUCUAACGGAGGAAUUGCGGUACAACCUGACGUUUACAAUUGGCAUAUGGAAGGCGACCUUCCAAACGACCCGAUCCCACCGGCUCAAGCGCUUCCUGCUUACGUGCAACAGUAUGGACUCACCACAGGCAUUGGCGUUCAGAACAACGAGUUCGGCUUACUUGAGCAGCAAGUUCCCGGGUGGGCCGCCUGGUUCCACGCUCGCUACGAACGCCUCAAGUUCAACGCCCUUCGCGGGAACUGGGCUGGUGGCGCAGCACUGCUUGAUAGCCUUGCUGGCCUGCUGAUCAAGAACGCGGACGGCUCAUACUCUGAAACGGGCGAGUAUCAAGUGUAUAAGUUCUAUGAGCUGAUGACUGGCGCACCCUGCAGCACGGACUCAGGCUCGAGCAUCGAUUCGUACGCUGUUGGUGCAAGCAACGACGUUACUGCGUUAAUUGGCAGCGAAAAUUUCUCGGGCACUUGGAACGUCAACUUCCAGAACAUCGAUCAAUACUUUGGAAGCGCUGCUCAAGUCAAAGCCGACCUCGUUUAUCUUCCAUACAGCAACGGUGGGCCGGUCAGUGGGUGGACAACAAUCUCCACUCAAACGAUUGCCGUGAGCAACAACGCUGCUACCGUCUCGUUCAACGUCGACAAUGGUCGAGACGCCUACGCCGUACGCUUGCACACGUAG